AUGGACGAUCCCUCGAGUGCCUGGCUCAAAGCCGCCAUCCAGCACGCCUAUUCCGCCGCCGCCUGGAACGUCACGUCUGCAGCUUCGGCCGCGGCACCGCUUGCCAGCGAUGACGACACCAUGUCGAUAAACGAGGACUUCGACCCUGGCGACAACCCCGGACAGGACCCCAGGUUCCGGAAACUGGUAGAGGCCGUCUUGUUCUCGAGAACACUGCUCAACACGUACAAUGUUGUACUGCUGCUCGUGCUGCUCGGGUUCGCCAUUGCACAAUGGGGUGGCGGCAUGCAACACGCAUACCGGCGACGGGCCGCCGCUAGGAGGACCAGGAGAGAGGACGGGGCAGACAUCAACCACAGGGGGCGCACCGCAGCCGGCACUGGGGAGAGCGAGGCGUCGUCGUCGAGCAGCACGCUGGAGGGCACAGCGACGCCACCAGACACCAACAAGCACACCCGUGGCAAGGCUCCGGACGAGCGUCAACCGCUGCUUCCACGGGAUGGCGUCGAGUCGAAGAAGCCGGGGGUGCUGUCUUGCAUGUUGCACCGCGUCAAGGCUUGGCUCAUGUUUCAACCGCCGCCUAUCCCAGUCGUCCACAAGCAGCUACCGUCUAACGGCCAGAGCCUGGCCAUACUGGCCUUCCUGGGCCUGAAUGUCUUUUAUCUGCUCUUCCGGCUCGAGUUCACCGCAAUGAACAUCUUUGUCUUCGCAGAUCGCUGUGGCCUGCUAAUCGCCGUAAACCUGCCACUGCUGUACUUGUUUGCAGCGAAGAACCAGCCCAUCACUUGGCUGACUGGCUACUCCUACGCGUCGCUCAAUAUAUUCCACCGUCGGCUGGGAGAACUCCUAUGCCUUCUGGCACUGCUGCACGGCCUGGGCAUGUUCACCGUAUGGUACGGCCUCCUCCGUCCGCUCGGCUUCUCGCUAUCUCGUUUCAUCUUCACGCGUGUAGUCUCUUUCGGACUCCUGACCUUCGUCUGCUACGAGCUCGUCUAUGUAACGUCUCUUCGGAGCUUCCGUGCCAUGUGCUAUGAGCUUUUCCUAGCCCUGCACGUCGUCCUCCAAGCGUUCGGGCUUGUCUUCCUCUUCAUCCACCAUAGCCGCUCCCGCAUCUGGGUCGGCAUCGCCCUCCUCAUCUUCAUCACCGACCGCCUCAUAUACCGCCUCGCCAUCAAGUCGACCUGUCUCCGCGCCGACCUGACCAUCCUCCCCGACGGCCAGACCGUCCGACUCUCGUCCAACUGGACCAUUCCCUCAAGCACUUGGGCGACGUCGCUCUGGCGCCGCACCGUCCCGCACGGCUGGAACGCACCCGACCACGUCUUCGUCAGCGUCCCCGCGCUGGGCGGGCUCCACGGGCUCCAGGCCCACCCCUUCACCAUCGCCACGCCCGCCCCCUCCAAGCCACACGUCCUCCCCCACGCGCACCACCACGUCGACGACGCAGGAGACGGCGCAGAGCGCCACGCCUGGCUCUCCCUCCUCGUCCGCGCCCAGUCCGGCUUCAGCCGCGACCUCCUCCGCCACGCCCAGACCAACUCGUCCACCCUCGUCCGCCUCGACGGGCCCUACGGCUGCACCCAUUCGCUGCGCCUGCUGCGCGCCUCCGACCGCGCCGUCGUCGUCGCCGGCGGCUCCGGCGUCGCCGUCGCUUUCCCCCUGCUCUGGACCCUGCUCAACCCCGCCGCGCGGCCCGACUUGGAGAGGCAGACGCGCCGCGCAGCGGGGACGACGACGCCUGGGAAGGUGUUGUUCGUGUGGGUGAUUCGGCACCGCGCGCACAGGGAGUGGCUGCCCGAGCAGCGGAUCGAGGAGCUGAGGCGGUGGGGCGCCGAUGUGCGGAUCGAGGGACCGACGGAGAGCACCGGCAGGCCGGACGUCGGCGGCAUCGUGGCGGAGUGGGUGAAGGACGAUGGACGGAGCGGCAGCAUGACGGGGACGGUCGUGAGCGGGCCGGAUGCGCUGAACAGGGAUGUCAGGAACGCGUGCGCGCAGCUGGUCGGGGAGGGGAGGGCGGUCAAGGUGCAUGUAGAGAAAUUCGGGUGGUAG